ACUCUAUUGUUUUCCCGCUUCUGAUAGGCGAAGCACCGAGCGGUGCGUGGUGACGUCACGACAAGGCGACGUUACUAUAAGAUCGCGAUUCUGCGGCAGCGUGUCUCUUUGUCGUGCUCGUGAGCUCCUAGGCGCGGCAGGCCUAGAGACGCCAACAUGCCGGUUGCCAGAAGUUGGGUUUGUCGUAAGACCUAUGUGACCCCCCGGAGACCCUUUGAGAAGUCGCGUCUCGACCAGGAACUGAAGCUCAUCGGAGAAUAUGGGCUCCGGAACAAACGUGAGGUGUGGAGAGUCAAAUUUACCCUGGCCAAGAUCCGCAAGGCCGCCCGAGAGCUGCUAACGCUGGACGAAAAGGACCCACGGCGUCUUUUUGAAGGCAAUGCUCUGCUGAGGCGACUUGUUCGCAUUGGGGUGCUGGAUGAGGGCAAGAUGAAGCUGGAUUACAUCCUGGGCCUGAAGAUUGAGGAUUUCUUGGAGAGGCGGCUGCAGACCCAGGUCUUCAAGCUGGGUUUGGCUAAAUCUAUUCACCAUGCCCGUGUGCUCAUCCGCCAGCGUCAUAUCAGGGUCCGCAAGCAAGUGGUGAACAUCCCGUCCUUCAUUGUUCGUCUGGACUCUCAAAAGCACAUUGAUUUCUCGCUCCGGUCUCCUUAUGGUGGUGGCCGACCAGGCCGAGUGAAGAGGAAGAAUGCCAAGAAGGGCCAGGGUGGUGCAGGAGCUGGUGAUGAUGAGGAAGAGGAUUAAGUUAAUGUCUCCCUGGACUGGAGAAUUGUCUAGUUUUCCAGUUGGCUAAUAAAACAGAAUUAACACUUGG